CCCCCUGAUAUUCAGGAGCUAUGGGGGUAAAUAUCCUCUAAACUCAGAGAACUGAAAGGGACUUGGGCCUUCCCACUCCUGCUGCCAUGACGACAUUUGCCAAUUUCCCUCCAGAAUACUUGGAAACACUCACUGCUUUCCAACAUCUCUUGGAGCAGUCUGCAGCUGUGGUGCCCAGCCUAGCCCUUUAAGCUUUGUGUCACUCUCAAUCUGUCUUGGAAACAGGCACAUGGCUGGACAGUCGGCUGCCUCUGGUUGAGGCCAGUGAUAGCUCUCCUACCUCUCACCUCUUGCCUGGAGAGUUGGCAGCCAAGUCAGGCCCCAUGACUCCAGACACAGGGGUGGAGCCUGGUGUGGGCACUGUGGGGAGGGCUUGACGAAAGUGACCACUUACAGCCCUGAGCCUCAGCUCCUGGACACCUGGCUGGAAGUUGGCUGUCCUGCUUCCUGUGACCUUGGAGGCUUGAACGGGACAGGGAGCAGGGCACUGAGACUCUCCUUCCCCAGCCUUUUUCCCUUAAUCGCUCCUCCCUUGUCGCUUCUACCCCGCCCUCUACCGUCCUAAACUGCUUCCUGGGCCAGGACUGGUUGGCCUUUUCCUUCCCCAGUUGUGGGGAGGAGGGUGUCGCAGCCCUAGUCGCCUUUGGGGGCCAUGGAGCCCAGGAGGGUGGGGCCUGGGGCGCACUGCUGGGGGCCUCGGGUGGCCACAGGGUCGGGGACGGCUGCGGAGCUCGUGUACCACCUAGCGGGGGCCUUGGGCACUGAGCUGAAGGAGCUGGCGCGCCGCUUCGGGCCGGAGGCGGCGGCCGGGCUCGUGCCGCUGGUGGUGCAGGCGCUGGAGCUCCUGGAAAAGGCGGCCGUGGGGCCCGCCCCGGACUCGCUGCAGGUAUCCGCGCAGCAGGCCGAACUCGAGCUGCGGCGGCUGCGGGAGGAGAACGAGCGCCUCUGCAGAGAGUUGCGCUCUGGGCCACAGGGUGAGUGCGGGCCUGCCGGGGGCGGGGAGGCUCAGGGCCUCUCCCCGCGAGCCGCCAAUGAGAACGCCCCUUCCUCAGAGGAGCGCGCUAUGCUGCGGCAGCUCAAGGAGGUGACCGACCGCCAGCGGGAUGAACUCCGGGCGCACAACCGCGACCUGCGGCAGCGCAGCCAGGAAACAGAGGCGUUGCAGGAGCAGCUGCAGCGCCUCCUACUGGUGAAUGCGGAGUUGCGGCACAAGCUGGCCGCAGUACAAAGCCAGCUUCGCGCCGCGCGGGACCGUGAGAGCGAAUCAGAGAGGCGGCGCGAAGCGACCUUGGAGCCCGCGCCAGAGCAGGCGCAGGGCCAGGCCGCGGCGCCCGGGUGCGAGCAGAGGCAGGAGCCCGAGACGGCAGCCGCGGGCACAGGAGCCCCGGGGACACCUGAGGACCGGGCGGAUGCCCUGCCGCCGCCAGGACGCCCCCCUAAGGUAGGGCAGUGCGGCUUCAGUCGAGAGGAGGUUGAACAGAUCCUUCAGGAGAGGAAUGAGCUCAAAGCCAACGUGUUCCUGCUGAAGGAGGAGUUGGCCUACUUCCAGCGGGAGCUGCUCACAGACCACCGGGUCCCCGGGCUUCUGCUCGAAGCCAUGAAGGUGGCUAUCAGGAAGCAACGAAAGAAGAUCAAGGCCAAGAUGUUAGGGACCCCAGAGGAAGCAGAGAGCAGGUAAGUCCCUGCCUCCAUUCCCACUGAGCCUGGUCACCUUCUGAGCCUGUUGCCUCAGACUGUACCUGUCACCCCAAUCUAGUCACACCUUGAGCCUGUCACCUAGCUUAGUCACUUCUAGAACCUAACCUGGCCUGGUCACCCCCUGAGCCUGCCAUCCUG